UCCCAUGUGAGCAGCAGAAUACAUCGACCGAAGGCAGAAAAUCAUAAGAGUGAAAAGAACAACAAUAUCUACCUAUCUCUUUCUCUUUUGCACUCAAGAUUUUCUACUGUCGGUCGACACAUUCUGAUCACAUAAGAUCGCACCCUAAGGGAGCAUUUACACCUUCGGUAAAAUUUUCCAGAACGGAAAAUUUUUCAUUGGAGUAAGAGAGACAGACUGUGUAUUUGACUCUCUUACUCCAAUGCAAAUAUUCCUUUCUGAGCAAUUUUUAUAGAAGGUGUAAACCCUCCAUGAGUGUUAAGCAGGUGAUAAGGCCUAAGCAGAAUAAGUUCGCGAACACAAAGCAUGAGUUAGAAAAGGACAGAGAUAUAUUUGUGUCCUUGUCUAUCUCAUGUGUCUCGUUCGCGAACCUAUUGUGCGUUGGACUUUAAGGUACGGUCUCACCUCGGCUGCCUGACUGCAGGUCGUCAUGGCAAUACAUUAGAGUAAGAGAGUCAGACAAUUCAAAUUGUGUUUUCUCUCCCUUACUCUAGUUGCGGCUACCUGCGCAGGCAGCCAAGUUGUGGCCGUGCCAUAAGUAGGAGAAAAAUAUACGUGUAUCUCUCUCUCCCUUAUUAUUCAAUGCCGUAGCGUUCGAACCAGGAAGGAAGAGUAAGGAGACCGAACUCUGUGCAGAUAGCGCUUUGAAAAUGUCUGAGAAAUAUGCACGAAAAGUGCCAGGUUCGAUUCGUUCUAGUCGACCACCAAAUAAGUUGAUCAUGCGCAUAAGCUGUGUUGUGUCUCUGUUUCUCGUAAAAAUUGUGCGAGUGAGAUGUAAUAUCUAAUGUUUACAUUUAGCCGGUCUUAGUGAGAUACAUAUAUAAUACAUUUCGUUUUAAAAAUUAUUUAUUUAUUUUAUUUAAAAAAAUGUCGUGUUGUGUGCCAGGAUGUAAAGAAAGAAAAAGAGUCUAAAAACAUUAGUCUCUUCUAUCCUUCUACGGUAUGUAAAUAUACUCUAGUUAUAAACAUAAUUCUUCUUAACCAUUUUCGCAAAAUUUUUCCUUUUUUAUAAAUAUAUUAUUAAAUUAUUUCGGAAAUCUAAAUAAUAUCACAAUUACAAAUAAAUAAAUUUGCUUUUCAAAUUAACACAGUUUAAACUAUGUAAUAUUUACCUUGACAUAACCACACUUUUCAUCUAUGUCAACACUGAACUAAAGUUCAGUGUUGACAUAGAUGAAAAGUGUGGUUCAAUGCGCAUGAUCGACUUAUUUGGUGAUCAACUAGAACACAGUGAGUCUGGCACUUUUCGUGCAUAUUUCUCAGACAUUUGUAGAAGCAGAGUUCGGUCUCCUUACUCUUCCUUCCUGGUUCGAACACAAGCAUGCAGCGCCUCACUUUUGCAAACGACUUUCGCGAAGCGAUUGUGUAUUGACCUUUACAAGACAAAACGCAAAAGAGAAAGAGGUAGCCAUGUAGUUACCGUCUCGUGUCCCACCCUGAACAAAGUGACUAGAAGUGCAUAUUUAGUGUAAACAAUUGAACAACAACGCUUGUGGAUUCUGCUUGCUGUUUAUAUUAUCUUUAAAAAAGGAUUGUAAAGAAAAAUUAUUCCAUGUAGAUAUUAAAAUUUUAAUAAGAAAAACAACACUACGAAUUUAGCGAAAGAUGCAGACUAAUAUUGACUCGAAGGGGGUAAAAAGAGGACGUUGCGAACAGUGUAACGAAUGUCCAGAGUUUGAAUGGCGACAAGAUUCAAAGAGCUCCCGAUGCGGUUAUUGCGAUUGUGUCCCAAUUAGUCAUAAGAGACAUUCAGAAUCCCUUGAGGAAGAAAUUAACAAUACUCAUGAUUUAUCGGACAAUUCUUUCAUUGAUCAAGGAAUACACAAUGAAAGUAGCGAAGAAAAAAACCUAGAUGAAACUAUUGAAGAAAAUUCGGGAUCAAACGUGCCUGAAUCAGAAAAUAAUAGUGGAGACGAAGAAAUUUUAGAAAUGAAUGAAACGACUGACAUAAGUGUUUUCAUGAGGAUCGAAUUACCAAAGGAAACGCAGGAAUUAAUAGAUAAAAAGGAAAAACUAACAGAAAGUCAAAAAUCAUUAAUAGUACGACUAAUUUCGAAAAAUAUGAUCGAUGCAGGUUUCGAUAAUCCAUGCGUUAUCGAGGAAAUGUCUAUCCUGUUGACAGACAAAUAUCCGCAAUAUUUUGAAUGUGCAUAUGGUGCGAAACAUGAUCAGACACAUGCACGAAUGAAAAACUGUUUUAAAUAUUUGAGAACAAAGGAUAAAAAGAGUUCACGUUGUAAAGGAACUUCAUCGAGUAAAGUUGAACCAAAAAAACCUAGCAUGAAGAAGGAAUUGCAAUCGACCAGAAAGUCCAGAAUGAUGGCCAUUAGUAAAGUGAAUGCCUCAGAAAUUUUAGAUAGGUAUCCCGCACUCCGAAGAAAGGAUAUGCUUCUUGAAGAAUUUUGCCAGCUGAUAAAUUUAACUGCUAAUGAUUUGAAGCAGAAUUGGAUUGAGAUACUCCCCAAAGUAAUUACUGCUUUGCAAAUUUCUGGAAAAAAUCUUUCUUUUGAUGGUCAGACCAUGGCUGUAUUAUAUCAUCUGCCUAAAUUAUUCACAAAGGCAAAAGAAGGCGGAAAAAUUCUUAACUGUUUUCCGAGUGGAACGCCAAUCGCGAAUACUAUUCCGGGUGUUGAUGAGGCUCCAAAAUUGAUAGCUAUAGCAAACAGGCCAUUGAAUAUGAUGCACACAAUGUGCUACAUAGAUGGCACACCAAUUUUUGAAGCACACGGCUAUGAAGCCAUACUUCUAUUGCUAGCCGUCUAUUGGAUAUUUCAAGUCCAAUUUCCGGCAAACGCUAAACAGCAGUUUGCAUUUAUUUCAAUAUCCAUUUUAAGAGAUGUGGCAGUAAAAGACAUUGAUGCAAACAUCUUAAAAAAGAUAACAUUAACAAAUGUUUUAAAAAGUUGCGACUUACUGCCAACUUCCUCAACUUAAAGUUAAAUUUAUUUUUAAGAACUUAAGUCAUAAAUGUAAAUACAAUUUACUAAUGUGAUAAUUUCUUAAGGUAUAGUUUAUUGCAAAUUUGUUGUUUAUUUCUUUGGU